UUCUCUUUUGUUGGAUUGGGUGAACCAAAGCUGAAAAAGCAAAGAAAGGAGGCGCGCGGAGUGAUCCAAAAACAGUACCUACUAUGCCCAUCACUAAACAGCCUGUAAGAGCUCUUCAAAUUUCAUUAAGAAGCCGACAAUUGAAGAUAAUUCCAAGUAACCCAUUUCCAGUUUUCUGGGAAUUUCUUGUCCAACAUGUGGGAUUCAGAGACUGAGUCUGUUGGAGGCAGAGAUUAUGGCAAUGGAGUUCUUGGUUUAAGCAAGCAGAGUGUUAAGACUGAUGGGUUUGAGCUAAAAGGCAAUUCUUGGUAUGUUGCAACUGAUAUCUCAAGUGACCUGUUGGUUCAAGUUGGACAAGUCAAUUUUCACUUGCAUAAGUAUCCCCUGCUGUCAAGGAGUGGAAAGAUCAACAGAAUCAUGUAUGAAUUACGAGACCCGGACUUGAGUAAGAUUGUUUUGGAUGACCUUCCUGGUGGACCCAAGGCUUUUGAGCUAGCUGCAAAGUUCUGCUAUGGAAUUGCUGUUGAUCUUACAGCAGCCAAUAUAUCAGGCCUUAGAUGUGCUGCAGAGUUCCUUGAAAUGACAGAAGACUUGGAAGAAGGCAAUCUUAUUUUCAAAACCGAAGCAUUUCUCAGCUAUGUGGUUUUGUCCUCGUGGAGAGACUCCAUAGUGGUGUUGAAAAGUUGUGAGAAGCUCUCACCAUGGGCUGAAAACCUCCAAAUUGUUCGAAGAUGUAGCGAGUCCAUUGCUUGGAAAGCUUGUGCCAAUCCAAAAGGGAUACGAUGGGCAUACACUGGUAAGCCUCCAAAAGUUUCAAGCCCAACUUGGAAUGACAUGAAAGACUCAAGUCCAAGUAGAAACCAGCAAGUUCCUCCUGAUUGGUGGUUUGAAGAUGCUUCAAUUCUUCGCAUUGACCAUUACGUCAGGGUUAUUACUGCUAUUAAGGUAAAGGGGAUGAGAUUUGAACUGAUUGGAGCUGCAAUAAUGCACUAUGCAGCUAAAUGGCUCCCUGGUAUGAUAACUGAUGGCUCGGGGGCAGCCGAUGAAGGAAGCAACGCCAGCAAUAGUAAUACUGGUAAUAAUACUGGGAGCAGAUGGAAGGGUGGACUCCACCUGAUUGUGGCUGGAACUAAAGAUGAGCCUUCACCUGUUCAGGCCAAAGAUCAACGUAUGAUCAUUGAGAGCCUUAUUAGCAUAAUUCCUCCGCAGAAGGAUAGUGUUUCAUGCAGCUUCCUUCUUCGACUUUUGAGAAUGGCAAACAUGUUGAAAGUAGCACCUGCACUGGUUACAGAGUUGGAAAAACGGGUGGGAAUGCAGUUCGAACAGGCUACAUUGGCAGAUCUUCUUAUUCCUUCUUACAAUAAGAAUGAAACUAUGUAUGAUGUGGAUCUUGUUCAGAGGCUUCUGGAGCAUUUUCUCGUUCAAGAACAGACUGAAAUUUCAAGUCCAAGCCAACAAUCUUUUAUUGAAAAACACUACGAUGGAACUCAAAGGGGUACAGGCCCAAAUGCUAAGAUGAGGGUAGCUAGGCUUGUUGAUAGUUAUCUUACAGAGGUGUCAAGAGAUAGAAGUCUUUCCCUAACAAAGUUUCAGGUACUGGCAGAAGCUUUGCCUGAAUCUGCAAGAAUAUGUGAUGAUGGACUUUAUAGAGCAAUUGAUUCAUAUCUCAAGGCCCAUCCAACACUCUCUGAGCAUGAAAGGAAGAGGCUCUGCAGGGUGAUGGAUUGCCAAAAGCUAUCAAUUGAUGCUUGCAUGCAUGCUGCACAAAAUGAAAGGCUCCCAUUAAGAGUGGUGGUGCAAGUCCUUUUCUCUGAACAAGUGAAGAUAAGCAAUGCAUUAGCCAACAAUGCCCUUAAAGAAGCCGGAGACUCUCACUAUCAGCCCAUGGUUUCAAAUCGGAAAACACUACUUGAAGGGACCCCACAAUCCUUCCAAGAAGGAUGGGCAGCAGCUAAGAAGGACAUCAACACUGUAAAGUUUGAACUGGAGAGCGUAAAAGCCAAGUACCUCGAGCUCCAGAAUGACAUGGAAAACUUACAGCGACAGUUCGAAAAGAUGUCAAAGCAGAAACACACGUCGGCAUGGAGCAGCGGGUGGAAGAAACUCAGCAAACUCACUAAGACUACAACUUUUGAGAACCAGAACAUUGGGCCUGAGCAUCCAUCAGCUGCUGCUGAACAGACAACAAAAACACCUAGGAGGUGGAGGAAUUCCAUUUCCUAGGUGUCUUUCUGAUUUACAGCUACAUGUUGAACUUUUGUUUCAAUUUUCAAAGGUUGUGUUUCAUCAUUUGGCAUUUUGGGUUUCUUUUCCAUUUGAAGAAGCAUGGGCAGACUUGUUUUCUGCAGCAAUUGUUUCAUAGCCUAUUAGUCUUUACAUCACUGUCACUGAGAUCUGAUUGUUUAGUAUGCGAGUGAAUUCUUCUUGUGUCA